AGGGAUUUUAAUAUUGCAGAGAAAGAGGAAGACAUUAACUACUAUGCUGGUUUUGUAGGGUCUGCAUAUAUGAUUGGAAGAGCAUUGACAUCUGUCUUUUGGGGGAUGUGUGCUGAUCGAUAUGGUCGAAAACCGGUUAUUACUAUAGGAACUUCAACUGUCGUUAUUUUCAACACACUUUUCGGUUUUAGUGUCAAUUAUUGGAUGGCUAUCAUUACAAGGUUUCUUCUUGGCUCUUUAAAUGGGCUACUUGGACCUAUAAGGGCAUAUGCAUGUGAACUUUUCCGUGAGGAACAUCAAGCUUUAGGAUUGUCAUCUAUUAGUACAUCAUAUGGGAUAGGAUUGGUCAUUGGUCCAGCUUUGGGAGGUUUCCUUGCACAGCCUGCAGAGAAAUUUUCAAGUCUAGUAUCUUCAGAUUCUCUAUUGGGGAGAUUUCCAUACUUACUGCCUUGCCUUUGCAUCUCUAUUUUCGCACUUUUUGUGACCACUGGUGCAAUAUGGCUUCCGGAAACGCUACACUUUCACCAAAAAAAUGAGGUGGAGUCUACUUCAUAUGUAGUUGAUGCCGAGGAAAAUACAAAUGAGAAAAAAGAUUCUACUUUGAUAAGCCUCCUUAAGAACUGGCCUUUAAUGUCUUCUAUCAUUGUCUAUAGUGUUUUUUCUCUCCAGAACAUGGCUUACUCGGAGAUUUUCUCAUUAUGGGCUGUUAGCCCGAGGAGUUUGGGGGGACUUAGUUAUACUACUGAGGAUGUUGGCAUAGUCCUAUCUAUCACAGGGUUAAGCCUUCUCCUUUUCCAAAUGGCAUUAUAUCCGAUUGCAGAGAGGAGAUUUGGGCCCAUAAUGGUAGUUCGCAUGUCAGGAGUUUUGUCUAUACCUCUACUCGCAAGUUAUCCAUACAUAGCGAUGCUAUCUGGCUUCAUGCUCUUCUUUACAUUAAGUUGUGCUUCGAUUGUGAGAAGCGUUCUAUCAGUGUGCAUCACAACUGGGACCUUAAUGCUGCAAAAUAAAGCUGUGGAUCAACACCAAAGAGGUGCAGCCAAUGGUAUUGCCAUGACUUUGAUGUCAAUUUGUAAAGCCAUUGGUCCUGCAUGUGGGGGAGCACUUUUAUCAUGGUCUCAAAAGAGACUUAAUGCAGCAUUUCUUCCAGAUUGUUUAAGCUAUAAGAUCUAUAUAGCUGAAAAGGAAAAUGGUCAAAUGUGUCAACACGUGUUGAAAAUAAGAGAAGUGUUCAAUCAAAUAAAACCUUUAAAAUGA